CCGCCGCCUCUCACGGCGUGAGGCGCCUCGUCCCCCUCUUCUUUUAGGUCCUCCUCUCCUUAUGAGGAAGAAAACGAAAUCUAAGAAACCCUCUCCAUCGAGGAGAUCCGGUGCUUCUGUCUCGGGUCACCCGCUUUCUCCGCCUCCAUCGAUUGUCUCCGCCGGCGUUGUGUGUUCUGAAGCCCCCGCGUCGCCGGUUUCUUCAGCUCCCACGCAAUCUAUUGCCCAAUUGACUGUCUCAGUGACGGACUUGGCCAAUCAAAUCCCAGAUCUGAAAACCUCAUCGGGUACAUCAGACCUAACAGCAAAUGGCGCCUCUGAUACUGCUAAUGGUUUAGCUCCUUCAGGGCCGUCGACAUUGUCAGAAGAGCCGGCUGUUGCCGAGGUUACAACUCCUCUGCCUCCGAUUGUCAAGGACUCUGCGAAGCCAGAAGCCUCCAAGCACAUUCCUGAUGCGCCAAACCCUGUAAAGCAAGACUUGUGGGUGAGCCUCGUCAAGGGGAAUGCUCCUCCGAGAAAGCGGUACCAGGCCAAGCCCAUCUUUAAGGAUCAAGCUGUUGUGAAGAGGCCAGGCAAAGAGGUACAACAGCAAAUGGUCUAUGUACCUAAGUCUGUGCAGCCUGCUUCUCGCUUGCAGGUAAUAGCAAAAGAGGUUGAUCAAGCUGUUCUUGAGAUAGGAUCUGGCUCAGGUAAGGCGUUACACACGCAUGGUUCAGAUCAGACUCCAUCAGAGGGUAAAUCUUCGGUAGCUGAAGAAGACUCGUCUGAUAUUUUGUCAACAGAAUCGGAAGAGACUGAUAGUCAAGAGGAAACUGCCAGUCUAGAGGAUGACUAUUCUGGUUUUGAAGAAGUGUUGUCUAAGCGACAACAGAAACUUAACAGAGGCAAGGGCCUCAAAAACACAUAACUAUGUGUACACAAAUUUUUUGUUGG